AAAUAAAAUAAAGUAAAAUACAUCUAUUUGUUCUUCAAAGGGUAAAGCAAAAGAGUUUCGUUUUCCAGGAAAAGAAAUCCCGCUUCCAGAGAGCUGCUCUGAUUCGUCCACGUCAUGUGCCAUUCUUGAGGUCUGCGGUUAGAAUAUCACAAGUUUGGUCUUAGAAAUUGGUGUCGAUUUCGUCGUUCUGAAGAGGCGGAGAAGGAUUCCAGUGGUGGUCGAGCUAAAGUUCCGUUGGUGGAGGUGAAUCCCUGAACAGUGUGUAUUGGUUUUGAAGAGCCGAAACAGCUAAAAGAAGCAAAGCUACAGAAAACUAGGAGCGGCUCUUUUGUAAGCACAGCCGUAUCUGAUUCGCUGGUGUGCUGCGGAAGGUAGAGAAGGUGUCUCACGAGAAUGGAUUCGUCAAACGACGUCGCUUUGGUUUCCUCUGAGAUGGAGAAGUUCCUGUGCGAGUUGUUGCUGGAUUCAUCCCAGCCAAUUUCUGAGCGCUUCAGGGCACUAUUCUCUCUCCGCAACCUCAAAGGCCCCGCCCCUCGCGAUGCCCUUAUUCUCGCCACAAGGGAUGAAUCGAAUUUGUUGGCGCACGAAGCUGCAUUUGCGUUGGGUCAAAUGCAGGAAUUUGAAGCAAUUCCUGCUUUGACUUCAGUUCUAAAUGAUCUCUCUUUGCAUCCCAUUGUUCGCCAUGAGGCAGCUGAGGCAUUGGGUGCUAUUGGUUCAGAAGGUAAUGUUCCUCUCCUGAAGAAUAGUUUGGAUUCGGAUCCGGCCGAGGAAGUUCGAGAAACAUGUGAGUUGGCUCUUCAACGAAUUCAGCAUUUGAAAGAUGCUGGCAAUACUGAUGAAUUGGCUGCAACUGAACUAUCGCCUUUCAAGUCUGUUGAUCCAGCCGUGCCAGCGACCUCUUGUGCUUCUGUUCAACAACUUAGGGAAGUACUUCUUGAUGAAGAAAAAGGGAUGCAUGAACGCUAUGCAGCUCUUUUUGCACUUCGCAAUGAUGGUGGACAUGAAGCUGUUGCUUCUAUUAUUGAUUCCUUGAGCUCGAAAAGUGCUCUACUGCGCCAUGAGGUUGCAUAUGUUUUGGGUCAAUUGCAAGACAAAGCUGCUUCUGCUGCUCUAUCCAAUAUACUUAAAGAUGUGAAGGAGCACCCGAUGGUUAGACAUGAGGCUGCUGAAGCUCUUGGUUCAAUUGCAGAUGAUCAAAGUGUAGCACUUCUUGAGGAAUUUACGGCAGAUCCAGAGCCUCUUGUCUCUCAAAGUUGCGAAGUUGCUCUAAGCAUGCUAAAAUUUGAACGAUCAGGGAAAUCAUUCGAGUUUCUGUUCAUGCCAACUCCAACUGUGCAUUAAAUGUUUUCCCGCGGUAUUGCCAAAACAUAUAUAAUAGAAGGAGCGGAUGGAUGAGAAUAGACGAAGAGACGCAGACAAAAGCAGUUACAUACAAAGAAAUUGUAGAAUUUUUUACUUACAAUUGUUGAGAUUAGAAACCUUACUCUUACAUAAACACGAGUUUAACUAUGUUUCUGUUAAUUUAUGAAAAAAAAUAUUUUAUGAAGUGGAAGCU